AAGAGUAAAUGUGCAAAAGAAGGAACACAAAAUAAUAAUUUUUAAAAAUUCGAAUAAAGACACAAAAUAAUAUUAAGCUAUAGUCAUGGAUAUAAGCAAAAUACAAAUAGCCAUAGUUUUAUUCGUUAUUGGUAUCAUUUUUUGUAUACAUAACUGCAUUAAAAGUAUGCAGACAUAAAUGAAAACUUAUACUAAAUGUAUUUAAUUUUAUGGAAAUUUUUUAUGAUUUUAUUUUUUAAAAUAUAUUUAACAUCAUUCUAUAGGAAAAUAUUAUAAUAUAGUAAAAUCUAUUGUUACACCUUUUGAAAAAUCUAAACAGAAAUAUUCCUCUAAUCGGUGUAUAUUAAAACAAAAGAUUGUUGAAACUAUGAGUCAUAAAGAAAUAUUAUUAAAAUUAUAUGAAGCAGCUGAUAAAUGUUAUAUGAAAGUGUAUGCACUUAGAUGCAUUCAUUUAACUAAUUAUUGUCCUUACUUAAUUAAUAUUCCACAUGGACCAGAUGGAUAUACACCAUUUCAUAAAGUCUGCUUUCAUGGAAAUACAUGUUUAAUCGAAUAUAUGCUUGCAAAGGGUGCUAAUCCUUUUCUUACGACUUAUACUGGUGAAAAUGCAAUUUGUAUGGCAUUAUAUUUUUUUCUUAAUCACCCUAACAAUAAUGAUUUUACUUGUUUAGAUAUUCUUUGCGAAACAGGUUGUCACUUAGAUAUAUCAAAUAUACAUUACGAUAUCUUUUUGAAAGCAGCUUUAAAUAAUCAUAACAAGCUUUUAACAGAAUGGAUAUUAGUACAUAAUAAAAUUAACACACUUUCGAGAAGUUAUUCAGAACCAUGAACUUUGCAGUAAUAAUGAAUUAAAUAUAUAAUUUGAUCUACACAACAAGCUAUUAAUUUUAUUUAUAUUUUAGUUACUUGAUAUUUUAUUUUUCUAUUUAAUUUAGAUAAAUUGAAUAUAAUAAUUUUAC